GGUAGCGCAUUAAAGAAACUCUCUUUGUGGGAUGAGAAAGCGAAGAAAGAAGUCCAAGAUCCAUCUUUAUCUAAUAAGCAUCCCUCCCAUGAGCAACAACCAAGUAACAUGACAUCAAAUAAUUCGAAACCUCACAUUUCUGCUAGUAUUUCAUCUUCCGAGGAUGUGACAGUAUCUGGGCACAGUGGAGCUACAACAAGGUUCUCUUCAAGACCUGAGGAAACAGCCUCAUCAUCAUCGUCAUCAUCAGCACUUGCCAAGUCGACGAACCGCCUAAACCUUUUGAAGGAACGUCGUGCACAACUUGUAAACGACCUACAGGUUGCACGGAAUAGCCUUGGACCAGGUUCAGAUGGUCCUCCCCCGAGAACCAACUCCAGAUGACUAUGAAUCCCGAAGGUGAUUCUUUGGAUAC